AUGGGCAAGGGGACCGUGGCCGAAAACACCGAGCAGUGGGACUGGAAUGCCACGGGGCUGGUGGAGAGCACUGCACGGCCAAGCAUUGCUCCUCCCCGUGGCACGUCACUUGCCCCUGACCAGGAUGUGGCCAGCAGCUCCACCGAUGACCCGCAGCUCCUGGGGACAGGGACCACCAAGGACCCACAGCUCCUAGGGACAGGGACCACCGAGGACCUGCAGCUCCUGGGGAUGGGGAACACCGAGGACCCGCAGUUCCUGGGGAUGGGGAACACCGAGGACCCGCAGUUCCUGGGGACGGGGACCCCUGCAGCGACCAGGACACAGAUGUCCUUGCAGAGACCAGCGGGUCCCCGGCCAGGUAGUGCCCCUUUUCCUUUCUCACCAGGUGACAGUACCCGUGAUCAGGUGGUGCCGCCCCGGGACCCCACGGCGCAACCACCCCGAUACCACCAUGGAGCAUCGCCCGCCCCACCGAACCUGCGGCAUGGCACCGGCCACCGGGGGCUGGUGCUGGCUGGCAAGAACGGGAGCUGGAGUCCUUCUUUGCCUAACAGGAGGGUGGCUAACGGUGUGGAUCCUCCUUUUGCCAAUAACUCCGGUCCUCUCGAGUUUGAUUUACUAACCGCCACUAUGCAACUCUACGGUAGUAGCGGCACAGGGCUCGCAUCCUUCUUACCCGGACUGAUGCCACCGGCUGGCCGUUGCCUGCCCAUCCCAACCCACCUGCCCUUCUGCAGCGUGCUGGGCACCAACCAUUUCAGAUUACCGAAUUACCUCCGCCACAGCAGCGAGGCAGAAAUUCGGGCCGCUUUGCAUGAGUGGGAGGGGCUGCUUGAAUCGCGGUGCCAUCGCUACGUGGAGUGGUUUCUCUGCUUGCUCCUGCUCCCCGGGUGUAGUGCCUCAGUCCCCAUAACCCCCCCGCCGUGCCAGGGCUUCUGCGAGGCCGUCAGAGACCUGUGUUGGAUGCACUUGGCUGGCGGGCACCUGCCUCUGCCCUGUGAUGCUCUCCCCAAGGAGGACGAAGGGUAUUCUUGUGUCUUUAUUAAUGCUUCUGCAGAGAACCUGAGCACCGAGGUCAGCCUCCUGGAGCUGAUCGGAGACCCCCCACCAGAAGAGAUCCUCAAAAUUUAUGGCCCUGACAACAACCCCGGCUAUGUCUUCGGCCCUAACGCCAACACAGGCCAGGUGGCCCGGUACCACCUUCCAAGCCCUUUCUACCGGGACUUUUCCCUUCUGUUCCACAUCCAGCCCACCACCCCCCGGGCCGGUGUGCUUUUUGCCGUCACGGACUCCUCACAGAGCAUCAUCUAUGUGGGUGUCAAGCUCUCGGAGCUGCAGGCAGGCAAGCAGAAAAUCAUCUUCUACUACACAGAGCCGGGCUCGCCAAGCUCAUACGCGGCGGCCACCUUCACUGUGCCCACCUUGCUCAACCAGUGGACGCGCUUUGCCAUCAGCGUAGAGGAGGAUGAAGUAAUUCUCUACCUGGACUGUGAGGAGCACGAGCGGGUCCGCUUCGAGCGCUCCCCGGAUGAGAUGGAGCUGGAAGAUGGCUCCGGGCUCUUCGUUGCUCAGGCUGGAGGGGCCGACCCAGAUAAAUAUCAGGGGGUGAUUGCUGAUUUGAAGCUGCAAGGGGACCCGCGGGCGGCCGAGCGCCAGUGCGAGGAAGAGGAUGAUGACACCGAGGAGGUCUCCGGCGAUUUCGGCAGCGGGGCAGAAGGUGGCCACCAACCCUCAGGGAAGGUCGGGGGUGUCCCGGGGCUGGUGGAUGCUGUCCCCGUCACUGCUCCCCCUGUGGUGGCGGGCAGUGGGCCAAGGAGCAGCGGGGGCUCCCCGCAGCAAGCCGAGAGGACCAGAGCAGAGGAGACGCUGCGGGUCUCCGCAGGAGGCACCGGCCCCAAAGGUGAAAAGGGAGAGAAGGGCGAACGUGGCCUGAAAGGGGACUCAGGGACCGGAGGCAUCAUGGGGAUGGGCAGUGUCAAAGGCGAAAAGGGGGAGAAAGGAGAAUUGGGCAUUAAGGGCAGUGCUGGAUUUGGCUACCCUGGCUCCAAGGGCCAGAAAGGGGAACCGGGUGAACCCGGCCCCCCUGGGACCCUCUCACGGCACACCGAUGGCUCGGUGGUAGAGCAGGUCACCGGUCCCCCAGGGCCACCGGGGAAGGACGGAGCCCCCGGCAGGGACGGCGAGCCCGGCGAUCCUGGCGAGGACGGCAAACCUGGCGAUAUGGGGCCCCAGGGGUUCCCCGGGACACCAGGCGAGCCCGGUCUGAAGGGGGAGAAGGGUGACCCAGGUGUGGGACCAAGGGGACCCCCUGGACCACCUGGCCCCCCAGGACCACCAGGACCCUUCUCCAAGCAUGACAAGCUGACCUUCAUCGACAUGGAGGGCUCUGGCUUCGGCGGCGACCUGGAGAGCCUGCGGGGUCCACGAGGGCCACCCGGUCCCCCAGGGCCACCCGGUGUGCCCGGUUUGCCAGGGGAGCCAGGACGGUUUGGGAUGAACCACACGGACCUGCUGGGACGGCCGGGGCUGCCAGGCAGGGACGGGACCCCCGGGCCCCCAGGGCCAGCGGGUCCUCAGGGUCCUCCUGGAAGAGAUGGGGCAGCUGGGCAGCCAGGGCCCAAAGGAGAGCAGGGCGACGUGGGCGACCUUGGCCUCCCCGGUGCACCAGGACCCAAGGGCAACAAGGGAGAAAUGGGACCAGCAGGAGCCCCAGGAGAAAUGGGUUUAGCUGGCCUUCCUGGGCCCAUCGGACCCCGAGGGCCUCCAGGGCCCCCCGGUCCCCCAGGACCAGCGGGGAGAGGCUACGAGGCUGGAUUUGGCGACAUGGAGGGCUCGGGGCUGCCAUUCACCGCUGGCUCCCCUGGACCACCCGGACCCGAAGGACCACAGGGAGUGCCAGGACUGCCGGGGGUGAAGGGGGAGGUUGGCAGCCCUGGGCAGCCCGGCUUGCCGGGACUGAAGGGAGAUGCUGGCGUACCCGGUGUGGAUGGCCGGCCUGGCCUGGAGGGCUUCCCCGGACCGCAGGGACCCAAAGGUGACAGAGGCAGCCCCGGCGAGAAGGGUGAGCGAGGCCAAGAUGGUGUGGGGCUGCCCGGGCCCCCUGGUCCACCUGGUCCCCCUGGACAGGUCACUACUGUCUCUAGUGAAGAUAAGUCUUUGGUGGCUUUGCCCGGUCCAGAGGGCAGACCAGGUCACGCCGGCUUCCCGGGCCCGGUGGGACCGAAAGGCGACCGGGGGUCAUCUGGUCCUCAGGGCUCCCCAGGGUUGAAGGGGGAGAAAGGGGAGCCUGGCGUCAUCAUCAGCCCCGAUGGGACCAUGGUCACUGCAAAGGUGAAAGGAGAAAAGGGGGAGCCGGGGCCACGGGGACCGAUGGGACCCUCGGGUCCCCAGGGACGAGCAGGGAUGAAGGGAGAGAUCGGCUUUCCGGGCAGACCCGGACGUCCCGGCAUGAAUGGGCUGAAGGGUGAGAAGGGUGACCCCGCGGAUGUCAGUAGCGUACUGGGCUUGCGGGGUCCCCCAGGGCCCCCAGGUCCCCCAGGGCCCCCUGGGCCACCCGGCAGCAUAGUCUAUGACAGCAGCAAUGCCUUCAGUGACUCCAGCCAUCCUGCACUGCCAGCCUUCCCCGGUUUCCACCAAUUUCCAGGACAAAAGGGAGAGAAAGGUGAUGCUGGAGCCCCGGGACCCCCAGGCCACUUCCCCUACGACCUGAGUCACUUCAGUGCCAGCCUGCGGGGUGACAAGGGGGAUGCAGGUCCCAAGGGUGAGAAAGGCGAGUCAGGCAGCACCCCACUCUACGGUCCCAGCAUCUCUGGGCUGCCAGGGCCUCCAGGGCCCCAGGGCUACCCUGGGCUGCCGGGUCCCAAGGGGGACAGUAUCAUUGGGCCGCCAGGGCCUCCUGGACCUCAGGGCCCCCCUGGUAUGGGAUACGAGGGGCGGCAGGGCCCCCCUGGCCCUCCUGGUCCCCCUGGUCCACCCUCCUUCCCAGGUCCCCACAGACAAGCUAUCAGUAUCCCUGGACCCCCUGGACCACCAGGACCCCCUGGACCACCAGGCACCAGUGGGAUGUCCUUGGGGCUGCGGACCCUGCCGACCUACCAGGCGAUGCUGAGUGCUGCGCACGAGCUGCCCGAGGGCAGCCUCGUCUUCCUGACUGACCGGCAAGAGCUCUACGUCCGCCUGCGCGGGGGCUUCCGACGGGUGCUGCUGGAGGAGCACACCCUGAUCCCCAGUUCGGCUCUGGACAACGAGGUGUACGACAAGCCACCCAGCAUCCACUAUGCCGGCCCCCAGNNNCCCCUGCACCCCCUCCACAACCACAGCCCCCCACCCACCGCCCGUCCCUGGCACGGGGAUGAGGUGGUGGCCAACCAGCACCGGCUGCCCGAGCAACCCCUGCUCCACCACCAGCACGAGCUCCUCAACAGCUACUACAUCCACCGCCGGCCGGAUCCGGCCCCCGUGGCCGCCCACGUGCACCAGGACUUCCAGCCUGCCCUUCACCUGGUGGCCCUGAAUGCCCCGCUGAGCGGUGGCAUGCGCGGCAUCCGGGGCGCCGAUUUCCAGUGCUUCCAGCAAGCCCGGCAGGUCGGGCUGGCCGGCACCUUCCGCGCCUUCCUCUCCUCCCGCCUGCAGGACCUCUACAGCAUUGUGCGCAGGGCUGACCGCGCCGCCGUGCCCAUUGUCAACCUCCGGGACGAAGUGCUCUUCAGUAACUGGGAAGCCCUUUUCACGGGCAGCGGGGCCCCACUGCGAGCUGGCGCCCGCAUCCUCUCCUUUGACGGCCGGGAUGUCCUGCGGGAUGUGGGAUGGCCGCAGAAGAGCAUCUGGCACGGCUCGGAUGCCAAGGGUCGGCGCUUGCCCGAGAGCUACUGUGAGACGUGGCGGACAGAGGAACGUGCCGUCACCGGCCAGGCUUCCUCGCUGGGCUCUGGCAAGCUGCUGGAGCAGAUGGCCAGCAGCUGCCAGCAUGCCUUCGUCGUCCUCUGCAUCGAGAACAGCUUCAUGACUGCCGCCAAAAAGUGA